CUUCGCCUUGCCACCAGUUUCCAUAUCCCACUGAACCAGUGUGCAUCGUCUGGUGAUGAUUCGGCUACUGUUCUGCCUGAUGAUCCUCGCCCCCGGGCUGGGCUAUAGAAUCAAUCAAAACGAGGCCAGCCUCUACAGCAAAGACGACAAUGUGGUAAUGCUGGACAGCGAUUCGCUUCCCCCGACUCUGAGCCAGAAGUCGGAAAGCAAACUGGUGCAAUUUCUCAACAGUUUUUGCGGGGACUGUCAGCGCUUUGCGCCAGUUUUCAAGUCCCUGUCUCGAGACCUGUACCAAUGGCGGAGAGUGCUACAUAUUUACGCAGUCGACUGUGCCCAGGAGUGGAACGUGGAAAUUUGCAGAGAAUUCAACAUUCGACAGACGCCCACGCUGCGGUAUUUUUCCGCGGUGCUUGCAGGAAAGGAUCUCGGCUUGGGUGUGGACAUACCCUCUCAAGACCCCAAAGUCAUAUUCUCAACUUUGGCGGAUCUUGUGUCAAUGGAUAAAUACGACUUACCCGGUCAGCCUAAUUUUGAAUUCGUAAUGCCCAGCGACACUUUAGACUCCUUAUUUCAACACGAUGGUCAGGCUUUCGUAGCCCUCGUCUAUCAACCGAAAGAUUCCCAGAUUGGCAGGGAUUCCAUUUUAUCGCUAUUGCCCUAUGAUCAAUUGUCUGUGAGAGUCUUUGAGGACUACCAGUCCCUUUUUAAUUUGGGUAUACAACCCUCCAAUCAGACAGUAUUCAUGAUUGAUCGAGAGGGUAAAACUGAGGCUCUUUCAGUAAAUGAGAGCUACCAAGCAUCCAUCGGAAAGUUUCUUCAAAAUCGAAAUUACAAGCCAGUGCCAUCAUUACCGGAGACCAUCAAAUCCGAUGCCUCCGAUUUUUUGGAUCAACAAAAGCAAGCCAUUAUAGUGCAGGUACUCAAUCACCCUCGAAAGAUAUAUCGUGCCGAUUUGGAACAGGCCGUCGAUAAACUUCUCCACAUCGAACUUCCCAAGACUCUUAUCUUUCGGGGGGCCAACUUUAUGGCCCUGCAAAGCUUCCUUCGGGUACUCAGCCAGUUGAAUCCUUUAAACAAAAAUGGAAAGGUUCUCCUUCUAGGCUUAGACAAGGCGCUUUCUGCUUUCAAUCAAACCUCGGGAUCUGAGUUUGCAGAUACUGUUAAUGCACUGGAAAAGCCGCUUCCUAAAGUAUUUAAGGGAAAACGGUAUGUGGGCUGUGUUUCCUCAAAACCAUUCCUGAGGGGGUUCACCUGCUCCCUGUGGAGUCUUUUCCACUUUCUGACAGUGGAGGCGGCUAAGUCACCGAAUCAGCUUCCUCCCGGAACAGUCCUAUCUGCAAUUCACGGAUUUGCCAAGUACUUCUUCGGCUGUUCGGACUGCUCCAAUCACUUCCAGGAAAUGGCCAAGAGGCGGCGAAUGGACUUGGUGAGGACCCACGACGAGGAGAUCCUCUGGCUAUGGGCUGGCCACAACGAGGUCAACAAACGACUAUCCGGCGAUGCCACCGAGGAUCCUAAGUUCCCGAAGAUCCAGUUUCCCAGUUCAGAGGACUGUCCCUCUUGUCGGACUAAUAACUCAGAUUGGCACACAGGAGAGGUUCUUCAAUAUUUAAAGGACCUUUAUAACAAGGAGAAUUUAAGCUUCUAUGGCUUGCCCACUUCUCAGGGAUACAAUUGAGUUUUCUCUUGGGCUUGGUAAAUAUUAAAUUGUCUUUAAAAAUAGUAAUAAGGCUUUUACCUUGAAACAUACAACCUUAUUGUUUAACUUUUUUACCUUUGUUACCUUGGUAAAUAUUAAAUUGUAUUUAAAAAUAGUAAUAAAAGAUUUACCUUGAAAAAUAUAAACUUAUUGCUUAACUUUUUUACCUUUGUUACCUUUUGAAAUACAAUAAUUAAAAUUGUUCCACUA